AUGUCAGUCCCUACAACCCCCGAUAUCAUUCCUCUUUCAACAGAUAAUGAAAGUGGCUUCCUCUACAAUAAAUACAAGGAUACUUUGACAACUUUGCCAAAAGAGAAAGGUUGGUUAUCGGAAAGCAUGUUCUUGUAUCAAGGCUUUUGGGUUGAGGAAGGGUCUGUAAUCUCAGCUGUAGAUGUAAUGGCCUCCCAGGAUAGUUUCCAAGCUCUUCCAACUGAUAUAUACUUGGCCACACUACCAAAAUCUGGAACAACAUGGUUGAAGGCGCUUACAUUCGCGAUAGUAAACCGCACCAGGUAUAAUAAAACCAACUCUCUUUCAACUGAUCAUCCUCUACAAUGUCUUAACCCCCAUAUAUGUGUUCCUUUCCUUGGGAUGGACUCUUCACACUUCCCUCCUUCUACUAAUGUUGAUCGACAUUCACCGCGUCUCUUUGCUACCCAUAUUCCUUACACUUCAUUGCCUCAAUCCAUUCUUGAUAGCGGUUGUCGCAUAGUUUAUAUUUGCAGAAGCCCAAAAGAUGUUUUGGUUUCUUUGUUUCAUUUUACAAACAAGGUGAGAGACAAAUCUCUUGGUGUAAUGACAUUCGAGGAGGCGUUUGAGAUGUUUAGAAAAGGUAUGAUGCCAUUCGGACCUUGUUGGGAUCAUUUGAAAGGGUACUACAAGGCUGCUUUGGAACGCCCGUUAGAGAUUCUAUUUCUAACAUACGAGGACAUGCAAAAGGAUACUGUCAAUAAUGUGAAGCGUCUGGCAGAGUUCUUGGGAUAUCCUUUUACUCAGGAGGAAGAGGUUGAGGGUGUCGUGCAUGAAAUUGUCAAGUUAUGCAGUUUUGAAACUUUGAAAGAGGUUAAUAAGCAUGGGAUGGUGAUUGCGGAUUUGCCUAAUGAUGCUUUCUUUAGGAAUGGGAAAGUUGAUGAUUGGACAAACCAUCUCACAAAUGAAAUGAGCCAAAUUUUGGAUGAAAUCACCAAGGAGAAGUUUGAUGGUUUGGAUAUCUCCUUCUAA